AUGAAGAACUUGACACAGCAGGAGAAAGAAGUGGCCAGUGUGAGUUUAACUGGUGUUUUUCCCGGGACCAUUGCCAAAAUUGUGGAGGAAGAAUCACAAUUGAUUGAAGGUGAAGAGAAGAUCAGUGCAACUCCGAAGUUUGUGGCUUCAUUGGUGGAGCUGGUUAAUAAGGAUUUGAAUAUUAACAACAGCAGACACGCAAAGAGAAAGACAAUAACGCCCGAAGACAUGUUCAUGGUCACAAGGAGAAACGAGGACUUGACUGGUCUCUUAAAAGAACAUCUUGUGGAACUCAAUGCUAAUAAGAAGAAACAAACUGUUCAAUAUGAUAAUAAUAAUGCUCAGGAAGAUGACGACGAUGAUGAUUUCGAUAUGGACGACGAACUCAUACGGGCAACCACAAACAGGAAGAGUAACAGGUGA